CAACAACGUGGAGCAUGGCUGAGGUACCGCGCUUUGACGGUCCCGUGCUCGUGGAUCGCGCCGGCUUUAGCGCGUGGCAGGCCGAAUUCAUGACGUCGGCGACGGCGCUGGGCUACGCGACGUACUACAUGGAGGCAACCUUUGACGACCCAGCGGCCUUUGCGGCGGCGAUCGCCCAGCUCGAGGCGAGGGACAGUGUCGUCGAGCCGGUCGACGCCGAUGCUGCGCAGCGCUACGCCCAGUUCAAAGCCUUGCACGUCUUCUAUCAAGAGCAGCUCCACGCCCGCGCUCGCGUGUACCUUGCGUCGGCAGUCGACCCAUCCCUGCAGCGGACCAUGGCCACGCUGACGUCCUGCUACGACGCAUACCAGCACCUGCUGCAGCGCUUUUCCCCGAGCUCCGCAGCGGCAAUCCUCGCGUCACUCGCUGCUGCGGCAGGCGACGAGCCAGCGACGGUCGUCCGACUUGUGGACGAGCUGCUGCCAGCCCUGCGCUUGGCGAUCGUCGGAGACAAGGACUUGUGCGGACUCUCCGUCAUCGACUACGAUACUCACGUGUGGAAAGAGCUUCGAGCGGCGCUCAUGGCGCAGUGUUUUGUCGACGCGCCACGCUGCCAGGCGGCGCUCGCUGGGGAAUCGCCAGCACCAGCGUCCUCGGCGCCGUCGUCGACGGGCACAGAAGCGAGUCGUGCUCUCGGUGCAGCACAUGAGCCUGGUAGCGAUAAGGCGCCGAGCGACGCCGAGCCUGGCCCGAAGCGGCCGCGCCUCCACGACAUUCUCUCGGCCGCAGUGUCGUCGGACGACGAAGAUGGCGACGACGAAGCGCUGCCGCGGGACGAGCCACCACUCGCGCGGACCGUCUAUCUCACGCAGCUCAACCACAACGUCACGGAGGCGGUCUUGCAGGAGCUGUGCGAAUCGUUUGGUCUCGAGACGGACCCAGCGACGCACUUUCCCGUCAUCGACGUCUACCUCAACUACCGGACGCGCCGGCCGCGCGGCGACGGCAUCCUUCGCUUCACGACGGCCCAAGGCGCAGUCGACGCCGUCGAUGCCCUUCACAACAAGCAGGCGCGGCCGCAUCUGCCGGUGCUUCACGCGCGGCUGCUGGAUGCCGCCACCUCCGCGCUCUUAACGGCGCAGAUGUACAUGCCGAGGACGCUCUGGACGUGCGCAACCUGCCGCCGCGAGAUUUCUUGCUGGCGCAGCGCCUGCGACGAGUGCAAGCAGCCCCGCAUCCGACCCACCGCGCGCAGCGAGCUCUUUCCGACCGACUGGCUCUGCCCACUGUACAACUCCUCGACGAGGCUGCAUCUCACAAUGCGUGUCUAG